AAGUUGGAAUGGCAUUCAUUUUUGAAUAAAUGAACUUGAGAGGGAGAGAUUAAGAAUGUGAGAGAGAGACCAAAAACUGGUCACCGUCUCCGAUUCCCAAUUUCAUGGAUGAAACUCAAAUGGGUAUUUCAAAAACGGAGCUCACACCUUCCCUCUUGGGUCACUUCUCUAAUCUCCCCUUUCAGAAACCAAUUCCAUCAAAACCCAUUUCCAGAAACCUCCUCAACAUUCGUCCUCAACCAUCUAGACCCAAGCUUCCUUCUAUCCAUUUGUGGAAGAGAAGGGAACCUCCAUUUGGGUUCUUCUCUCCAUGCAUCCAUCAUCAAGAGCUUCGAGCUCUCCAACCAUUAUAACGGGGUCGUUAUAAUGAACUCUCUAAUCUCCAUGUACGAUAGGUGUGGUAAGUUACCCGAUGCCGUCAAGGUGUUUGAUGAAAUGAUCACAAGAGAUACUAUUUCGUGGAACGCAUUGAUUGGUGGGUUUGUGAGAAAUGGGAAGUUUUUUGCUGGUUUUAGUUAUUUCAAGGCUAUGUGUUUAGUUGGUGAUUGUAGAUUUGACAAAGCUACUUUGACUACGAUUUUAUCUGCUUGUGAUGGCUUGGAGUUUUGUUGGAUUAUUAAAAUGAUGCAUGGUUUGGCGUUUUUGAGUGGGUAUGGACAAGAAAUUACUGUGGGGAAUGCUCUGAUUAGUUCGUAUUUUAAAUGUGGUUGUGUUGGUUUGGGGAUGCAAGUUUUUUAUGAGAUGGGGGAGAGAAAUGUGAUUACUUGGACGGCUGUGAUCUCCGGUUUAGCUCAAAAUGGGUAUCAUGAGCACAGCCUGAAGCUGUUUAAGGAGAUGAUGAGUUAUGGUUCUGUAGAGCCAAAUUCUUUAACUUAUUUGAGCUUACUCACUGCUUGUUCUGGUUUGGAGGCAUUAAAGGAAGGAUGUCAAAUUCAUGGCCUUAUUAUGAAGUUGGGAAUUCAGUCAGAUUUGUGCAUUGGAAGUGCUCUAAUGGAUAUGUACUCAAAAUCUGGAAGAAUUGGAGAGGCUUGGAAGAUUUUCGAGUUGGCUGAGGAACUUGAUAUGGUUUCAUUGACUGUUAUACUUGCAGGGUUCACACAUAAUGGAUGUGAGGAAGAAGCCAUCCAGAUCUUUCUGAAAAUGUUGAAGAUGGGGAUUGAGAUCGAUGGAAAUGUCGUUUCAGUUGUCCUUGGUGUGUUUGGUGCUGAUACAUCUUUGAGGCUGGGUCAACAAGUUCACUCAUUCGUUGUCAAGAAGAACUUUAUUUGCAACCCUUUUGUGAGCAAUGGGCUUAUAAACAUGUACUCCAAGUGUGGAGCACUCGAUGAAUCAAUGAAGGUCUUCGAUAGGAUGCGUGAAAGGAACUCGGUUACAUGGAACUCCAUGAUUGCAGCGUUUGCCCGCCAUGGAGAUGCCUUGAAAGCUCUACAACUUUAUGAGGAUAUGCAACUUGAAGGUGCAAAGCCAACUGACGUCACAUUUCUAUCAUUACUUCAUGCUUGUAGCCAUGCCGGGUUAGUUAAAAAAGGAAUGGAAUUCCUCAAAUCAAUGACAAAAGAUCACGGGAUGAAUCCAAGGAGCGAACACCAUGCUUGUGUUGUUGACAUGUUAGGUAGGGCAGGAAUGCUGUCUGAAGCUAGAAACUUCAUUGAGAAACUGCCUGAGCAGCCAGGUUUACUCGUGUGGCAGGCAUUGCUCGGCGCCUGCAGCCUAUAUGGUGAUUCUAAAAUUGGCAAAUAUGCGGCCGAACAUCUAUUUUCGGAAACACCGGAUAGUCCUGUCCCAUAUGUUUUGUUAGCCAACAUAUAUUCUUCUGAAGGGAAUUGGAAGGAAAGAGCAAGGACAAUUAGGAAGAUGAAGGAGGUGGGAACGGCCAAAGAAACUGGUAUCAGCUGGAUUGAGAUUGACAAGAAAGUACACAGUUUUACUGUUGGAGACAAAAUGCAUCCACAAACUGAGAUGAUUUAUGGAGUUUUGUGGGAGCUGUUUAUACUCAUGGUAGAUGAAGGAUAUGUGCCAGAUAAGAAGUUCAUCCUCUACUACUUGGAUGAUGACAGGAGGGAUCCAAUCCAUAACGGUCACAAUGACACUUCCAAUUUUCCCUCCAUUUCAAAAUCUUCCAUUCUCUUCCCUUCCUCCUCAACCUCCCGAUUCACACCGAUUUGUAGGCAAAGAACUGAAGGAGAAGACACGCUUCUCUCCGGUCCUAUGGCUGCGUACAGAUUGCUCGGUCUCGACCCAACUUGCUCCGAAUCCGAGCUCAAAGCUGCUUUUCGAGCCAAAGUGAAGCAAUUUCAUCCGGACGUGAAUAGAAAUGGCAAUGAUUCGGAUUCUAUGAUUCGUCGUGUAAUUCAAGCCUAUGAGAUGUUAUCCAGUUACAGCCGAACAGAGUUCAUUGAGAGGGAGUGUUUAGAUCCUUUUGAAAACCCAGAAUGUGAAGCAUUUGAUGUCUUUGUGAAUGAGUUUCUUUGUGUUGGAAAAGGCUGCCCAUAUUCUUGUGUAGAUAGAGCUCCCCAUGUCUUCACUUUUGCCUCUUCCACUGGGACAGCCCGUGCCAUGUCUCAAGGACAUAGUGAGGAUUAUCAGCUUCAGAUGGCAGUUGGCCAAUGCCCCAGAAGCUGUAUACAUUAUGUAACACCUUUGCAAAGGAUCAUUCUGGAAGAGCUGCUUGACAGUGCCUUGGAUGUGCCUUAUGAUAAUUCUGCAGAGGCCGAUUUACUAUAUUCUCUUAUAGUGAAAUCAAAAUUCGAGAAUAAUCGAUACAAAAAGCCAAAGAGGGAGCCAAAGAAUUCAACAGAACAAGUGGAUUGGUAUUGAAAUCAGAUUUAGUCUCGUGUUGGGAAGAAUUAAGAAGAAGCCAACGCAGUUGACGAAAUACAUCAACAGCAUGGUUUGCCUCUGCAAGCGUAGAAGUCAGAUAUAUCCUCAAUAUUUGUGUUGUAUACUAUCUUGAGCAUCGAAGUUAAUGCGAGAAUGCUACAUUAUAGGUGAAAAAGGUGAUUUCUAUACGUUCAACUAUUAAAGUACAGCCUCUAAAUUUUUAAUUAUUCUAGGGUAAAAUCAAUUUAUAUUCCUUAACCUAAUAAUUGUAUUUAUAAGUGAAUCAGUUUAGACCGCUCCUUAAAUGAAAAUUUUCUUUUUAAAAUCCUUAA